CUCUACUAACUUGGCUGGAUGUGGUAGUGGUGCCUGUAGUCCCAGCUACUCAGAGGCUGCGGCUUGAGAAUUGCUUCACCUCAGGAGCCUGACGUGGCAGUGAGCUGAGAUCACACCUCCACACUCCAGCCUGGGCAACAGAGCAAGACUCUGUCUGAAAAAUAACAAAAGAAAAUUAAAAGGCAGCCCUAAUUAUAAAUUUAUAAUUUAUAAUUUAUUAAUUCUAUGUGCAGAAUAGUAGGUGUUUACAUUAUUUAUAUUUUGAUAGUGGUUUUUAAAUUGUUACAAUAUAGUUAUUUGUGUUCCUCCUGUAUGUACAUUUCCCUCAGCAUAAAUACAUAUAUAUACACAUGCAAAUAUUAAAAUGUAAAUUAUAAAAUUUAUGAUUCUAUCAGUCCAGGUUUCUUUCCUUCAAUAAAUUUUAUAAUCAACAAAACAAAUAACAAACAUUCAAAAAUUAGUUUCCAUCUUAAAACUACUUAAGUUUGAAUAAAAUGGUCUGAACAAAUAAAUGUCCAUCUUGUAAAACAUGCCCACUCCAAGGACUGGCUAAGAGUCCUUUCAUGUUGAUCACAAAACAGGCAUCACUCACUCUCAUUUUGUUAUGCAGGCAUAUUAUUAUUAGAUUAAGAUUUACGGUAUUUUUUCCUCUGUUAUUUCUUUUUAGGUAAAAAAAAUAGAGAAUUCAUGAUGGGCUGUCUGAAUCACACUUUCAGCAGCGAUUUCACACUUUUGGGACUAUUCUCUUCUUCCCCAAAAAGUCUGGUCUUCUACUCACUUAUAUUUGUCAUUUUCAUUAUGAGUGUAACAGAAAAUGCCCUAAUGAUUCUCCUUAUUCACAGUGACUCACGACUCCAUACGCCAAUGUAUUUUCUGCUUCGCCAUCUCUCUGUUAUGGAUAUCUUGCAUGUUUCCAACAUCGUUCCCAAAAUGGUCACUGACUUUCUGUCAGGCAGCAGAACGAUUUCACUUGCAGGUUGUGGGUUCCAGGUGUUUCUGUCCCUCACCCUCCUGGGUGGUGAGUGCCUUCUCCUGGCUGCAAUGUCCUAUGAUCGCUAUGUGGCCAUCUGUCACCCGCUGCGCUAUCCGAUUCUUAUGAAGGAGUGUGCCAGUGCUCUCAUGGCUGGAGGCUCCUGGCUUGUUGGGGCUUUGAACUCCACAGUCCACACAGCUUACACACUGCAGUUUCCCUUCUGUGGCUCUCGGGCAAUCGAUCACUUUUUCUGUGAAGUCCCUGCCAUGUUGAAGUUGUCUUGUGUAGAUACAACACGCUAUGAACGAGGGGUUUACAUAAGCGGUGUGAUCUUCCUGCUGAUCCCUUUCUCCUUGAUCUCUACUUCUUAUGGCCAAAUUGUUCUUACUGUCCUCCAGAUGAAAUCCUCAGAGGCAAGGAAAAGGUCAUUUUCCACUUGUUCUUUACACAUGAUUGUGGUCAUGAUGUACUAUGGGCCAUUUAUUUUUACGUAUAUGAGACCUAAAUCAUACCACACUCCAGGCCAGGAUAAGUUCCUGGCAAUAUUCUAUAUGAUCCUCACGCCCUCACUGAAUCCUAUCAUCUACAGCUUUAGGAAUAAAGAUGUUCUGGCUGCAAUGAAAAAUAUGCUCAAAAGUAAGUUUCUGCAUGAAAAAUAAAUAGGAAAAUUCCUGAAUGUGUGUUCUAUUUCUACAUUAAAUACCUGAAGGAUACUCAUGAUAGGUUUUCUAGAAAGACAAUCAAAGCUUCUAUCUUGUCCAUAUGGAAAGAAGUGAAUAUUUUAGAAACCUUGUUAAUAAUGUGUUCGUGUUGUAAACACAUACCUCUAAAAAUGUAUUCUUCCUUCUGUGGUACCAGUUAUAAUCGUGCAGCAGUUACAGGAAGUAAAAAUUAUCCAAGGUGUCCUACUCCCUAAUACUAAAAUUGUAAGACUUGAUAAGAAUAUCUUUAAAAAUACAAUCACACAUCCAUUGCUUAUUAAAAUAAUGUUUAUUUUCAAAAACUUUGUAAAAUUAUAUUGCUAAAAAUCAUUUAUCAAAAAUUCACAAAUUUCAUGUGAAAUCUCCACUAUUCUUUGCUUGGUUUGUGAACACCUUUGUUCAGUAAAAUUCUAUAUAUAUAUACAUAUAUAUGCACAUGCACACACAUAUAUACGUACACACAUAUACAGAUAUAAGUAGUGUUAACAUUGAAUUACUCAUCCUAUGCUAGAAGCAACUAUACAAUAUUAAAUAAGACUAUCAUAAAAAAAUGUCUGAUUUCAUUUAUACAUAUAGGAUUAUAUUUUACAAACUCUUCUAGCAAUUUAUCCUAAAAGUUAUUUCAAAGAAGACAAUAAAUAUUUCUAUUGAGAAUUCGUUUUUUUAAAUUUUUUAACAAACAAUAAGAUGCACUUUACAAUUGUAAACAUAUAAACAGCUUGUGUCAAAUCUGUUUUCUGGCAGCUGGGCACCAAGUCUGCCCCCUGCAGGCUCCUGGCUUCCUUCACACUGCACUGUCCAUUGGGUGGUUCUGGCUUUAGGACCUGGUGGUGGGGCUGGACAAAGUGGGCUGGGCAGCCCAGUCCUGCUUUUCUCAUGCGGUGUCCUGUGCCUGUCAUCUCCUUGGGUUGGGGCUUGUGUGGAAGGACCAUUCCUGAGGGG